CCACUGACAUCUCACACCCCGAUCUCCUCAAGUCCCUCCGGACUGAAGAAGUGGUUUGGAGUGUUUUUGUGGAGUAGAUGUGAGCUUUGAGCCAGCAUCUUUGGGUGUAAGAGUGUAGGUGUGAAUCUAUGACAGUAGAAAUGAGAGAGACUGUCAACCGGGUCUGAGAGACCAGACCCCAGUAGUUCGUGUCAUAACUGAGUUGUGGAUGUUGACACGUUCCGGCAGUGUCACUGAGGAACACACAGAAGCAAGGACUACGACACAGGCAGACACCACACUGAGGGCUUCCCCACCUCUAGCCGCUCCAUCUGUCUGCCACCAACAACUUCCCAGUACGCCUGUUGCUGAGUACAAACAACAAGUUCUACAGGUUCUGCACCACAGUCCCGGGGAGGUUGUGGGUUCCCCAUCCCGAAAAGGUGUAGUCGUGGCCAGUCGGGGGAGUUUCUCCCACUCUCGCUCCCUCUUCCUGCACCCAUCUCAGCAUGCCCCAGCCCCUGAGCACCUCCACAGCUCUCUCAGCUCCACUACCAUGUGUAGAUGGACAGUGACACAAGGUGCACCGGUCGCCUGGUUCUCCUCCACCUCCUCCUGCCCCUGCUGCCGCUGCAAACAUUCCCUCCUUCUCCCUCUCACCUUCCUUCUUCUACUCCUGCUGCUCGGACCCUGUGCUUCCUCACCCCUGUCUGCAUCGCUGUCAUCCCCGGACAACAAUGGAGGGAGCGCUCCUCACCUCUUUAUCCCCCAUUUGCCUCUCUCCUCAUCCCCCGCUUCACUACAUGCAUCAUCUGCCAGGUUGCCACGAGCGACCAACGUCUCAUCGUCCUCUGCAACGGUUGUGGGACGUCACGUGCGGAGCAGCUACAACCAUCUGCAGGGAGAUGUGCGGCACAGGAAACUGUUCUCCUACCAGAAAUUCUUCCUGCGCAUUGACAAAAAAGGCACAGUCAAUGGCACCAAGAGUGAGGACGAUCCAUACAGUAUUCUGGAGAUCAAGUCAGUGGACGUGGGAGUGGUGGUUAUCAAGGGCCUCAGCAGUAACCACUACCUGGCAAUCAACAAGCGGGGUCUGCUGUAUGGGGCGACGGAAUUCGGUCCGGACUGUCGUCUGAUUGAGCGCAUCGAGGAGAACAAGUACAACACCUAUGCUUCGGCGGAGUGGCGAAACAAGAAGAAGCACAUGUUUGUGGGACUGAACGCCAACGGAAAGCCAAUGAAGGGAAAGAAGACGCGGAGAAAAAACACAGCCACUCACUUCCUGCCCAUGCUGGUACAUCCCCGAUAAACUGACAGGACUGUAGGCUGACAGUCUGGCCCUGGACUUAGGACAGUGAUGGCUUUUAUUGAAAAGAUCUGAAUGGGAUCUUAAUGAUGCACUGAUGAGGAAAAGAGUGGAAACCUAGAGACAUUUUACUGUUGGAUAAAGACAUUUUUAUUUUUAAAGAAAGAAAUGAGAUGUAUUGGUAUACAAUGUAUAUAUUAUUUUCUGUUUUAAGUUAUAAAGUACUUAGGCACAGUAGAAAAUAUGAAAAGAAACUACUUCUGUGCCAAAAUGUGAUUUAGUAAUGCAUAUUUCUAGAUUUAAAUACAAGUGAAGCCUUUGAUCGAAAGAAAUGAGACUGGUGAGAAAGUAGUGAUGGAAAUAAAUAAUAUGACAUAGAGAGGAGGAGGCUCUGACAAAUCAGCAAGUCUAAUGCUAUGAUGUUUUUCUUUGAAUUUAUUUAUUUGUGUAAUAUUUAACAAAAACACACUAAGGACAGCAUCUUGUCUUUUUUUAUCAUUUACGCUUCUCUUUUUGAAUACUAAUCAUUUAA